GCGCCGUGCGCGGGGCCGCGCCGGGCCUGUGGGAAGUGCCCGAGCGUUUCCGGGUUGGUGGCGGCGGCGGCGGCAGCACCGGCACCGGGAGCAUGUCCUGCGCCCUCGUCCCCUUCGCCCACUUCCAGGACCUGGAGUUGGCCCGCGACUUCCUGAGCCCGCACCGCCGCCAGGGCAGCGCCGCGGCCGGCAAGGAGAGCGCAGGCAAAUCAACAAGCUGGGAAGAUGGUGGCUGGGGAGCCUGGGAUGAAGCAGAAUUACAAGAGCCUGAAGAAGAGGAAUCUAAUUCCAAGAACCAGCGAAAUUACUGGCUUCAGGACUGUGUGUUGUCCCUGUCACCAACCAAUGACCUGAUGGUGAUAGCUAAUGAACAGAAAGCGGUGUUCUUAGUGCCUAAAUGGAAGCACAGUGACAAGGGAAAGGAGGAAAUGCACUAUGCUGUUGGCUGGAGCGGCUCUCUGAAUGUUGAAGAAAGUGAAUGUGUGAGCAGCGUAUUGUGUAUCCCACUGGCAAGUCAGAAGAGGAGCUCCACAGGCCGCCCUGACUGGACGUGCAUCGUGGUUGGCUUCACAUCAGGCUACGUUCGGUUUUACACCGAGAGUGGAGUUCUGCUUCUUGCACAGCUUUUGAAUGAAGAUCCUGUCCUACAGCUAAAGUGCAGAACCUAUGAAAUUCCCAGGCAUCCUGGUGUCACAGAACAGAAUGAGGAACUAAGUAUCUUGUACCCAGCAGCAAUUGUGACAAUUGAUGGCUUCAGCCUCUUCCAGUCCCUUCGUGCGUGUCGCAAUCAGGUAGCAAGAGCUGCAGCAUCUGGCAAUGAGAAUGUUCAGCCUCCACCAUUAGCUUAUAAGAAAUGGGGUUUGCAAGAUGUGGAUAUGAUUGUUGACCAUGCUAGUAUUGGCAUCAUGACACUGUGUCCUUUUGACCAAAUGAAGACUGCCUCCAACAUAGGAGGAUAUAAUGCAGCUAUAAAAAACAGUCCACCUGCCAUGUCCCAGUAUGUUACUGUUGGAGCCAAUCCUUUCACUGGGUUCUUUUUUGCCCUGGAGGGUAGCUCACAGCCACUGUUGUCUCAUGUUGCCUUAGCAGUUGCAAGCAAACUGACUUCAGCAUUAUUUAAUGCUGCCAGUGGCUGGCUUGGUUGGAAGAGUAAACAUGAAGAAGAACCUGUCCAAAAACAGAAACCAAAAGUAGAACCUGCAACCCCAUUGGCAGUGAGGUUUGGACUCCCCGACUCCCGGCGCCAUGGUGAGAGGAUAUGUCUUUCUCCAUGUAACACUUUGGCAGCAGUAACAGAUGAAUUUGGAAGGGUUAUUUUGCUGGAUGUUACAAGAGGACUCGCAGUUCGCAUGUGGAAAGGCUACCGUGACGCAGAAGUUGGUUGGAUACAGACUGUAGAGGACCUUCAGGAAAGGGAAACUGAGAAGAUGGAUUCUUCUCCUUUUGGAAAUGCACAGGGUCCAAGCAGGGUAGCUCAGUUCCUUGUGAUCUAUGCUCCAAGGAGAGGCAUUCUGGAAGUGUGGAGCACACAGCAAGGACCUCGGGUUGGAGCCUUCAAUGUGGGGAAGUACUGCAGGUUGUUGUAUCCUGGUUAUAAAAUAAUGGGUCUAAACAAUGUGACUAGUCAGGGAUGGCAGCCCCAGACUUACCAGAUCUGCCUUGUUGAUCCAGUCUCUGGAAGUGUAAAAACUGUCCAUGUACCUUUCCAUUUAUCACUGAGUGAUAAAAAGAGUGAACGAGCAAAGGAUAUGCACCUAGUGAAGAAGUUAAAUGCUUUACUCAAAGCUAAAACCUCAGACCCAGAUUUAAUUGAAGCUGAAGCAAAGGAAUUAAUACUUGAUAUCAAAUAUCCUGCUACAAAAAAACAGGCUUUGGAAAGUAUACUGACAAGUGAACGUGUGCCACUUGCAUCUCUCACCAACAUCACUCAGACAUUAAUGGAUAAUUUAAAAAAACAGGAGCUGGAGUGUGUGGAUGAGGGACUACUGCAGUUCUGUGCAAACAAGUUAAAGCUGUUACGUCUUUAUGAACUGGUUAGCAAACUGAAUUCCCAGAGCGUACAGAAAGAGACUUCACCUUCAGAUAAUGACUUGGCUAAACUGCUUCGUCUUGAAGAAAAAGAUUUUCAUAGGCUUGAAACUCUGCUGGAGAGCUACAAGAAAGAAAAUACUCAAACUACCACUCAGUUGACUGAUGAGAGGGAUGACGUGUUGUCUGUGAAAAUGUUCUUAGAAUAUCUGGAAUACGAAAAGGAUGUGAUUACUGUAAAAAAUAUGGAAGAUGGAGAAUAUGUGGCUUUAGGCAGCUUUUUCUUCUGGAAGUGUUUGUGUGGGGAGAGUUCCGCAGAAGAAAUUUGCCAUGCGUUGGAAUCAGCAGGUUUUAGCCCACAAACCUUGUUGUCACUCCUUCUCAGUUUAUGGCUUUCCAAGGAAAAAGAUAUUCUGGACAAACCAGAUUCUGUCAGUUGCCUUCACACUAUGCUGUCACUUCUGAGCAAAAUGAAAGUCGCUAUAGACGAGUCGUGGGACACGCAGUCCGUGUCCCCCUGGUGGCAGCAGAUGCGCACGGCCUGCGUGCACUCCGAAAACAACGCGGCUGCGCUGCUGUCGGCUCACGUGGGACACUCCGUGACCGCGCAGAUCAUCGACAGCAUCACCCACAAGAAGUUUUCCCAAAUAAUUGUAGGUUCAGACACUGAAUCCUGGGAAGCACUUUCCCUUGAUACUGAAUAUUGGAAACUUCUGCUAAAACAGUUAGAGGAUUGCCUGAUACUUCAAACACUACUGCACAGCAAAGUGACCAAAAGGACAAAAAGGGUUUCAUCACUCCAGACUGAGCCUUUGGGCAGACUGUCUGUUAAGAAAUUGCUUGAAGCUGGAAAAGGAGGAAUUGCUGACACCGUAGCCAAGUGGGUUUUUAGGCAAGGCUUCAGUCCGAUUAUACUGAAUGUGGCCCAGUACAAAAACAAUACAGACAGUACUGAAGAAUCUGUAGAAAUGCAUAACAACCUCUUUCUUGAGGAAACAGAAGCAGCUACAGGCUUGGAAAGAAUCCUAGAGCUGCUGCAAGUAGCAUAUCAGCAAUUUCCAUGUAGUCUUGAAGUGGAUGUACUCCAUGCACAUUGCUCCUGGGAAUGUGUAGUGCAGUGGAAUAAGGACCCAGAGGAAGCGUGUUUUCUCAAUAGGUCUAUAGAUCAUCUAAGAUGCAUCAUUAAUGCUCACAUUCAGCAUGGUAUUGCUCUGAUGAUGUGGAAUACAUUCAUAGUAAAAAGGCUUUCUUCUGCCACAUACCUUAUGGACAAGGUUGGAAAAGCUCCAAAGGACAGAUUAUGCAGAAGGGACGUAGGGAUGAGUGACACAGCAAUGACAGCUUUUCUUGGCUGCUGUUCAGAACUUCUGCAAACUUUGCUAGAGGCAGACGUGAGCAGUGACGAGAUGCACGCCCCUGUGCUGGACACGGAGGACGCCUGGCUGGCCGUGGAGGGCCCGGUGUCCAUCGUGGAGCUGGCCCUGGAGCAGAAGCGCGUCCACUACCCGCUGGUGGAGCACCAGUUCGUGCUCUGCACCGUCCUCUACGCCAUCAUGAGGCUCUCCCUCAAGGCUGUGAAGCCACUGUCACUGUUUGACAGCAAGGGCAAAAAUGCAUUUUUCAAAGACCUGACAUCAAUUCAGCUGCUGCCUAGUGGGGAUAUGGAUCCAAACGUGUUAUCCAUACGACAGCAGUUCUUGCUCAAAGUUGUGAGUGCAGCGGUUCAAACAUUGUGUUCAUCACAGAAGGACAGCGAAGUCUCAGAAGAGGAAUAUUUUCCUUUUGAGAAGGGGAAGAAUUGGCCAACUUUGGCUGCAGACCUGGCUCAAUAUCUUCAGAUCUCUGAGGAUCUGGUCAGAAGGCAUUAUGUCUGUGAACUGUACAGUUAUGGGAUGGAUCAUCUUGGUGAAGAGGCCUUCCUGCAGGUGGCUGACAAGGAAGUGCUGGCAUCCCAGCUGCUCAUGCUGGCUGGGCAGAGGCUGGCCUUCGCUCUCCUGCACGGACAGAUAAAGGAUGGCAUGGAAUUCCUCACCAGGCUUCCUCCAACACUGAGCACUUGGCUCAAAGCUAUGGACCCGCAGGAAGUGCAGAACGCGGAGGUGCCGAUUGCGACCACAGCGCGGCUGGUGAGCAAAGUGAUCGAGCACCUGCCCGAGAACCACGGGCAGUACAGCCUGGCCCUCAACCUCAUCGAGGCCGUGGAGGCCCUCCCCGCCUGAGCGCCUGCAGGAGCCUGGGCUGAAGGCAGGAGAGCUCCACGGGCUCUGGCUAAGCUACAGAAACAACAGUGCUCCCCAUCCCACAGUCUCAGAUGGUAAUUUUAAAUUGGAGUGUAUUUUAAAUUCUGCACUAGUAAGAAUAUGGUUAGUUUCUAGUACACUUGUCAGUAUCUGAACUGCUUUGUUAUUUAUUUCUGAAUUGAAUGCUUUAUGCAGUUGUUUAAAUUGGGUAUAUUUGGCAGCAGUUUUAGUCUCUCAACACAAUCACAUCUUGUGAAAUUCUGUAUUUCAUGCUGGCAGUAACUGCUGCACUUUCAAUGUUCCAUUUGUUUUCCAAAAGCAACUUUAGAAUUAGACCCAAGAAGAACUUCAGUCUCUGAAGUUACCGUGUAAAGCCGAUACUGCUUUUUCUGAAGCUCAAGCUGAGGCUGGGCUCACUCCUUUGUAACUGCGUUGUGAUAAUGACAACUGCACUCGAUGUAGGAUGAAAUCUGCUGCGGUCUUAUGGCAUGGGAGAACAGCCUGGGAAGGAGAACCCAACUCUCCCCACAUGAGUCUGGACUUUCAGUCCAGCUCUCCCCGUGCUGGACUUCAGCUACAACUGGAUUUACAUCCCUCUUCAUUAUUAUUAAGCUCUGCUGAGUUUAAGUAGGUCAAGGAAUGUCUUACUGUAAGAUUUUUCCUCCAUCCUAUCACCGUAGGAGAUGUAGUAUGCUGUGAAUCUCUGCACAUGUUAACUUGUAGUCAAAAAUGCUCAAAGUUGAUUCUCUGAAGAUGGACAGUACUGAGUACUUUUAGCCUUAAAACCCCCACUUUAUUGCUGGUACCUACAGGGAAUCCCAUAGCGAGUAUCUUCACUAUUGGAAUGGUGUUGAACAUGGUUCAACAUAGUUCAUGGUUCUGGCACUGGGACUCCUGUUCACUCCUUGUCUGAAGGAAGCCAGCAGAGAAACACGAAAUUGGUGUAAACUUUUUGUCUUUGUCAGCUGAAAUUACCAGCUCCAUCCUGUAACCUGCUCCUCCUGCAUUAUAUGUAACAAACGUUUGUAACAUUCUGCCUUGCUGGAGACAGAAUUUAGAAUUGAGCCUUAUCUUUCUGAAGUAUGUGCUGCUGUCAGUGAAGGGUUUAACUUCCCCCCAAAAAGGUGAUGCAGGUGGCUUGCACCACACAGCCUCCUCCAUCAGUUCCUGCUCACUGCACUCCAAGGCAGCUGGUGAAGGAUUCUUGCUUUGAUACUGAAUGGGUGACUUGCUGCAGACGGAGCAAAGAAUUGUCAGAAUUCCUGUAAAAUUCCCUGGUCUAUGUUCUGUUGUACUUCUCUACUGACUUCCAUAACUGAGGUUAAAGCAGCUGUAAAGGAGAAAUGGAAGAGGCAAUAUCAUACAGGUGCCAUGACCACCCUGCCUGACAGCACCUCACACUUCUGCAGAAAUGAGUGAGCUGGAGAUUUGGUCAUCAUGGAACUGAGGAAAGCAGGUGUUCCUUAGCUGCAUUCCAUUCCUCUAUCAUGGUACAGCUGUGUAAAGGAAUUUACUGUAACUGAGUAUCAUGUCAGAGCUGACACACUACACCAAUCAAAUCUGUAAUGUACUGUAAGUAAUCCUCUGUAUAUAGUGCUAUUUUGUGUUUAAUUUGCUGUGGAUUUGUGUAAAUUGAUUAAAUAAAAUCUGAGGUUUCA